GCCAGGCAGAGGCCGAGGCCAGGAUGUGGCUCGCUGCGUCGCUCUUCUCGGCGCUGCUUUUCGCCCUCUUCGACGUGUGGUAUUUCCUGCGGGCCGUGCUGCACAUCCUGCUGGCGGCCGCCGGGGCCAAAGUCAGGGAUAUUCUGCGGGAGCAAACCAUCAACGGUAUUGUGCUGUUCCACGACAUUGACUUCAUGGGUCACAUGAAUAAUUCUCGAUACCUACGGGAAUGUGACUUUGCCAGGUUGUCGCUCUUUAUCCACAAUGGGUUAUUCAAAGCAGUAAGAUCCUUGAAUUCUGCUAUGGUUCUAGGAGCCUCAACCAUACGAUACAGGCGAUCACUGAAUCUUUUCGAGCAAUUCAGGAUACAAUCUAAAAUACUUUGCUGGGAUGAAAAAGCUUUCUACGUGGAGCAGGAGUUCAUCUCCCGCAGAGACAACUUUGUGUGCGCCACCAUGUUGUGUCGGCAAAAUGUCCUGCGCAGCUCACCAGACAAGUUACUCCAGUUCCUAUGUAAAAGGAAGGUGGAAUGUCCAGAUUUCCCAGAGGAGGUGCAGUCCUGGAUCAACUACAACAUGGCCAGUAGUAAUAAGCUGAAAAGGGAGAGAGAUUACAACACUGACCCAAAGCAGCAGUAACCCUGGAAUAGCACAGGCUGUGGAUUCUUUAAUGUUAGUCGUAUACAAGUCUAAUGCUGAUAUCCUGCUCUAGGCUGAAGUUCAAGCUUUCUGUACCAUUUAACUAAUUGUUUUUCUUUGUUUUCCUCAAAGGAUACUGUUUACAAUUGCUGAGCUAUGAUUCAUGUUGCAAAGUCAUUUAGCAAAACUGCAGGUAGCAAAUUCACUGUAUCUCAACUGUUCUUGUUUCAGAUGUUCAACAUAUUUAUUGUUACUGACCAUUAGAAUUAUUUAAUGAACUCAGGAUGGGAGGUUCAUCACUCAAGUCAAUGUAAAUCGGAUGUUACAGUCUUUUAACCACUAAAGAAUGGCUAAAAUAGCAAGAGUAGCAAGAGGGCAUAAGAUAAUCACGGGAACAACAAAUUAUAUUUGUUAUAUUUAUUUUAUUAAUUUAUAUUUGUUCUAAAUUACGACGAGAGGACAUCCCAAAGUGCUGAAAGAUAAUCCUUACUUAGAGGCUGAUUGAAAUAUGGUAUAAUCUGCCACAAAUCAUUAUAGAAACGCCUAUACAUUGCUGUGAAAGAUACUGAUUCACCCGAAGCCAGUGAGAGUUUCAGAUUGAAUGGUCCAUUGUUUAUCCCAACUGUUGAGGCUAUAUUCAGCAGCCCUUCAAUAUCCCAUUGCUAGAGGGAGGGACAAUACCUCCUAGGAGGUAGUGGAAAUAUUCUGAUUAUUGGAGCUCAUUGAUGUUGCCCUUCGAUUAUGUUGUAACUGCCCCCAUAGCUGCUUACAAGCCUUAUGCGAAUUGUCAAGCAAAUGCCACCCAUUGUUAGUUAUUCAAACUAAGAGUUUAGGAGCUAUCUCCUCGAAUGUAGUAGGCAUUAUUUGUUUUAGUGAAGGGUGACUUUAGACCGUUGUGAGGGGAGGGAUAGAGUCAAUGUAUACCAUUUCUGAGAAUGCUGCGGGUUGAGAGAAAGGACAAGUUUCCUUAGCAGAAUGUUUUUAAAGGUUUCAGUUGGUCAAUUGGAUCACGGCAAGCUAAACACCGAGACGUAUACAGGGGUCCACAACAACAACUUGCAUUUAUAUAGUGCCCUACACACAAAGUAGC